AUGGAAGAGGUGUGCGAAGUGCAGUCAGACAAAGCGGCAGUCGAAAUCACCAGCCGAUACUCCGGCAAGAUCCUCAAGCUGUAUGCUCAGGAAGGAGAUACGGUGAAAGUCGGGGGCCCCCUUAUUGACAUCGACUCUCCUGAUGUAGAAGAAGAUGCAAACGCCCACAGCCCGCCGCCGCCAGAUGCAGAUUCAAAACCUCCCGAGAAACCUCAGCAGCCGCAGCAGACGACAGCUGCGGCUCCCUCGAGCAGGAGCGGAGAGGCUUUGGCUUCGCCAGCAGUACGCAGACUGGCUAAGGAGAAGGGCGUUGACUUGGAGAAGGUGAAGGGUACAGGCCCGCGCGGUGCGAUAACAAAAGAAGACGUUUUGAACUUCCUCUCAUCGGGGUCCUCGGGAUCCUCGACUGCUGUAGGACUUGAAUGA